UUUUACAAUCUUCCUUUGUAAGUCAAGCUUAAGCUUUUCUUCGCUCAAUCCUCUCACCUGCUCUCUCCCUACUCUCGUUCCAACAAAACCAAAGAAAAUCAAGUGCAAAGCUCCAUUUAGUAUGCAGCAGCAGAUUCAACACCAGCAACAAAUUGAUUCCAGCCAUCACAAAUCAAUAAUACAACAAAAUUUGUUUCUAAAGAGAAUGAGUUGAUCGGAUGGAGUAGAUUAAAAGUCCCAAUGUAACAGUGACCAUCUCUUCAUUUUCCCUCACAUGCACUCUCCAACAUUAUGAGCUUCCCACCACAUAUUUGUAUUGCAGAGAGAAGAGACACUGUAUACGAGCUCAUAGUCUUUCUCUUGCAAGCAAGAAGCUCAACAAUAGAAGGGGAAGAUCAUGGGCUCGAUGAUUAAGAAGAAAGGAGAGAGAACUCCACAGUUAACUGAUUUCAUAUUUUCUUGGUCCAUUGCUGACAUAAUGAACAAAGAUCUUUACAAGGACAAGGUUGAUAAAAUUCCAAAGAUCUUUUCAUCUGUGGAUCAUUACUUGAAGUCAUUUACAAUCCCUCUCAUUGUAGAAACGCAUGCUGAUCUGCUGUCAAAUAUGACAGCGUUGCACUCUGCUCCAUGUUGCGAGGUCUUCAACGUCAAGAAAAGGAAAGCAGUUAGGCUAGAUGAUGAUAUCUUGGUAAACACCUUCACUUUCAAAGCAGCUUUAAAAGGAGAGAAAGACUCACCUAAAUCAUAUGAACCUCAGUUUGCGGAUUUGGUUGCACUAACAGAUGUUAGGCCUAAGUGUGUUAGUGAUCUGGAUAGCCCUAAAGCACCAUUCAAUCUUGCAAUAGUGAAACGUGCAUCUGAUACGAAGAUACGGAUCCUAUCUUCGAAGCCAGUGUUGUUUGAGAAUGGCCAAAGGGGAGAUAGGCUCUUUAUCGUGUAUUUAACAAACCUGAACACCAACAUUCGAAUUUGGGGCGCUUUGCAUCCGCACAAAGGAGUGAACACCAGCAUUUUCACUUCUGUGCUUACAGUUAGUCCAUCUAAUUGUGGUGUUUGCCCCUUCAAGAGAGGUGAGAGCAGAAAAAUGGCUAAUUCAAGGGAGAUUAUUACCUCAUUCGGGCUUGAUGAUUCGCAGAAGGCUGCAGUUUCAAACUGCAUCGCUCUAACAGAAUGCAGCCAUAGGAAGAGUGUGAAGCUGAUAUGGGGACCUCCCGGAACAGGGAAGACGAAGACAAUUUCUUCAUUAGUAUUCACACUUUUGAGGUUGAAGUGCAGGACUGUGACUUGUGCUCCCACAAAUGUUGCUAUUGUGGGAGUGACUAAGAAGUUGAUGAGUUGUCUGAGUGGGAAACUAGAGCACGGGACCUACGGAUUGGGCGACGUCGUCUUGUUCGGAAAUGGGGAGAGAAUGAAGAUUGAUGAGCAUCAAGACCUCCAUGAUGUGUUUCUUGAUCAUCGGAUUUCUGAGUUGGCACGCCUCUUCAACCCGUUGACAGGGUGGAAGGGCGUCGUGAAUGAGAUGAUCUCCAUCUUCGAGGAUCCUCAAGGUGUGUAUCUGCGCUACUUGGAGCAAGUUAGAGGCAGAGACGACGAAGGAGGUUCAUCCAUGGCAGCGGCUUUGAUUGGAUUCUUUAACGAGAAUCAACGUAAUGACAACAGCAUUAAUAAUGUGUGGACAUUGGAGGAAUUCUUUGAAAAUAAAUUUGUUGCUAUAAAAGCGCGAUUAGUCAGUUGCAUAACGGGGUUAAUCACACAUCUGCCUACUUCUUGUCUUCGUCUGAAAAUGCUAGAGAAAAUGAUGAGAGUUUCUAGAAUGCUCCAAACACUAGAAGAAGCAUGUCUGCAUCAUAAGCAGCCAUUUAUGCAAAAUGAAGGCUUCUGCACGUCCAAAAACAAGUGUUUGGAACUAAUGAAAUUCCUCACUAGAACUCUCUCACUUCCUGAAUUGAAAGAAUAUGAUAUGGUGAAGGAGUUUUGUCUGAAAAAUGCUUGCUUAAUCUUCUGCACCGUUUCAAGCUCCGCGAAGCUGCACAACAUAAAAGAAAUGACACCAUUUGAGCUAGUGAUCAUAGAUGAAGCUGCACAGGUCAAGGAAUGUGAAUCUUCGAUCCCCCUGCAGCUUCCGGGGGUGCGCCACGCCAUACUAGUCGGGGACGAGAAACAGCUCCCUGCAAUGGUCAUGAGCAAGAAGUGUGAGAAGGCGGGCUUCGGGAGAAGCUUAUUCGAGAGGCUUGUGAUGUUGGGACACAAGAAGCAUCUUCUGAAUGUGCAGUACAGAAUGCACCCUUCUAUAAGCCUGUUUCCAAAUAAGGAAUUCUAUGAGAACAAGAUCAAGAAUGGGUGUAAUGUGAAAGAAAGAGGUUAUAACAGAAGCUUCUUUGAGAAAGAAAGCUUUGGCUCAUAUUGUUUCAUCAACGUAGCAAAUGGGAGAGAGCAGUUUGACAAAAGGCGUAGCCUUAUGAAUAAUGCAGAGGUUUCCAUGGUUUCUCAAUUAGUAUCCCAAAUCCAUAAAGAGUGUGUGAAGUCGAAGAAAAGGGUUCGAAUUGGGUGCAUAUCUCCGUACAAAGCUCAAGUAAACGCGAUUGAAGAAGCGGUAGGGAAGGCGUAUAGCAGUGACGCGAAUGCUGAAUUCUCCGUAAAUGUGAGGUCUGUUGAUGGGUUUCAAGGAGGAGAGGAAGAUGUGAUCAUAAUCUCGACGGUUAGGAGCAAUGGGCGUGGGUCGGUUGGGUUUCUUGACAAUCGAGAGAGGGCGAACGUAGCCUUGACUCGUGCUAGGUACUGUCUGAUGGUAGUAGGUGAUGCUGAAACUCUGUCGAGGAGCGGUUGCGUUUGGCAGAAGCUGCUGACGGACGCCAAAAGCCGCGGCUGCUAUCACCAGCAUCCAAACAAGAGGUUGGUCGGUGAAAGUGAUGCAUGCGCUGAGCUAACCUCAAAACUAGCAGCGAUCAUGUUGAGGAAUUAAUCAGGAAGGUGUGGUUAAUAGCAAAUAUGGUGGGCGAUUGGCAUUUCCUCUUUUUGAAAUUUAAAUUGUGUUUCUAUGUUGAGGGGCCAAAGCUGGAGUUUUGGGGGUUUAUGUAAUUGAUGCUAAUUAUUUACAACUUGAUAUUGUGCUAUUGGAAUAUAAAUACUCGAGGCCCAUAAUAUUUCGUCUUCUA